AUGGUGUUUGACUGGGUACUGAUGCUGGCGUACGAUGGCUCCGCAUUCUGUGGCUGGAAGGACACCCGGCCCCUAGCAUCGCGAGACAGCUACAGCAGCAGCAGCAGCAAGAAGAAGAAGCAGCACAGGAGUGUAGAGGCAGUGAUACGCGAAGCGCUGGCCAAAGUGUUUGCCGCAGUUGCGACCAACCAGUUGAUGCGCGUCCACCGGCAGAAGCAGCGCGUGGCGGAAGAGGAAGAGGAAGAAGAAGACGACAGGCAGCAGCAACAUCCCCCCCAUAAGCAGGAGGGAGAGGAAGCGGAGACAGAGAAGCACCAAGAGGCGGAAAAGAUAGCAAAAAGACAGCAACGCUUGAAGAGGUUCGAAGCCUUUGCUGCCGCACUGAAAAUCAGGGGGGCCAGCCGCACAGACAGUGGCGUUCAUGCUGCAGGCGCGGUGAGUGGACAGUACAGCAGUAACACAGCACUCUGCGAGGUUGUGUGUCAUCGAGCGCCGUACGAGCUGUAUGCGCAGCAGCAGCGGCGGGAGCAACAGCAGGCCGUUCUGCCUACGGAUUUGCUGCCCCAAGUGCAGCAGCAAUUAAAUGCUUUGCUGCCUCCAGAAGUUCGCGUAUUGCGCAUUGCAGACUUGAAAAGCCUGCAGCAACCCUAUCGCAAUAGGCAGCCGCAGUCCAUGGUACAGCAGGAACCGCAGGGAAAGCAGGAGCAGAAGAUGCAGCGAGAAGAGCUGCUGCUGCUUCCACAGUUGGUUACGGGGAAACAAUAUCGAUACACAGUGUCACUGCUGCCGCAGACGCACCCGCUGCUGCGCAACAGCAGCUGGCAGGUGCUGCAGGAUGUUCGGAUUCACGAGAUGCUUCGCCGCGUGGCAAGAAUGCCAGCAACCGUAGCAGUAUCUGGGGAAGCGCUGGCGAGCGACCCUGCAGGAGUUUUGGACGCUGCCACAGGGGAGAAACAGCGGCCUCUGGAGGUGCUGCAGCAUCGAUUUUGUAUGGGAUGCAUGCGGAGUGCUGCAGCGCUGGCUGAGGGAAGCCAUGACUUCAGUCACUUCCGCUUCAAACACCGUGGAUUGACUGCCGCGCCUUCCCCGUGGUGCUUUUUGGAACGUGUAGCCGUGCGGCCUCUCCGCUUCAUUCCCUGGCCGAUUCCAUGCGGUAAGAAGCAGCCAAACGGCGGCGGGGAAGGCGGCUGCAGGGUACGCAUAUGUGGAAAUACCCUCCUAGACAUAUGGGUAUACGGGGCAUAUGUGGUGUGGUAA